UCUUCUUUCUGAUCACUUUCCCAUGCACACCAAAAAUCCCAACUCCACGUACGUACAUGACUAAACUCCUCAUCGGAAGUUCAAUCGACAUCGGAAAUCAUGAUGGAAUUAGUGAGCGGAUUCCCGUUGCUCCUCCAGCAAUUCACGGCCAUGUUCAAGAAGAAUCUCCUCCUCGCGUGGCGUCACAAAGUCGGCACCCUCAUCCAGCUCUUCUCUUCAUUCUUUUUCAUUUUUCUCAUCUUCUGCAUCCAGAAAGCACUCAACGCUAACUCGGCGUCGUCCACGGGGUUCAAGACCAUCAAGGACCCUAAGCCUCUGGCCUCGCUGCCGAUCCCGCCCUGCGAGAAGAAGGAUUUCAUCAAGAAGCCUUGCUAUGACUUCGUGUGGAGCGGCGAUGGGAGCCGGGAGAUCCAGACCAUUGUGGACGGCAUCAUGGCUAACAACCCCGGCCGGCAGAUCCCGUCGAGCAAGGUGAAAGGGUUUAAAUCAAGAGAUGAAGUAGACAAAUGGCUGGCUGAUAAUCAAAAGAUUUGCCCGGGAGCUUUGCAUUUUGCGGUAAGAGAUGACAAAGUGAUUAGCUAUGGCGUGCAGACUAAUUCCACUCACGUAGCCAAAAGAAGGGAAUUUGAAGAUAUCACCAUGAAAUUCCAAAUUCCGCUUCAGAUUGCCGCGGAGCGUGAGAUUGCUAGGGUUCUGAUUGGAGAUCCGAAGUUUAGCUGGAAUGUUGCUUUCAAGGAAUUUCCACACCCUGCAAGGAAGUUGUACUCGGCAAUUGAGUCAGAAGGACCAACCUUUUUCCUUGCAACCGCAAUGUUUGGUUUUGUAUUUCAAAUGACAUCCUUGAUCACAGAGAAAGAACUAAAGCUUCGAGAGGCAAUGACGAUGAUGGGUCUUUAUGAUACCGCCUACUGGUUAUCAUGGCUCACAUGGGAGGGGAUUAUGACAGUUUUUUCAUCACUUUUCAUAGUUCUCUUUGGAAUGAUGUUUCAGUUUGACUUUUUCCUAAAGAACAAUUUUGUAGUCCUAUAUCUCCUCUUCUUUCUUUUCCAACUGAAUAUGAUUGGUUUUUCCUUCUGGCUCUCGGCCUUCAUAAGCAAGGCAUCUUCAUCCACAACUGUGGGUUUCGUCAUAUUCAUUAUUGGCUUUAUAACCCAGGACGUGACAAAAUACUUUCCUUAUGAUAUUAGGACCGCUAAAAAAUAUCAAAUCAUGUGGUCAUUCUUCCCACCUAAUCUUCUUGCCAAAGGUCUAUUCAUACUCGCUGAUGCAACAGCCACUUCCCAAGAUGAUGGGAUCAGGUUGAGUAAUAUAAGAAAGUGUGGACCAAAUGAGCCAGGAUGUGUUAUGACAAUUAGUGACAUUUACAAAUGGCUUGUGAGUUCAUUCUUCCUCUGGUUUGUAUUGGCUCUCUACUUCGAUAACAUUCUCGCAAAUGCAUCUGGUGUGAAAAAACCACUUUAUUACUUUUUAACGCCCGGCUACUGGUUAGGGACAGGUGGGGUAAAAGUGAAAGAGGGUAAAAAUGCAAUACCAAAUGAUCAUAUUACUCCAGAUGAUGCGGAUGUCCUUGAAGAGGAGCACCUUGUUAAACAACAAUCUAUGGAAGGCACACUUGAUCCAAGAAUUGCAGUUCAGAUACGUGGCCUUGUAAAGACAUAUCCUGGGAAGAAAAGACCUUUUUGUUGUUGCUGCUGCUGCUGCUGCAAGGAGACUCCACCUUACAAUGCUGUCCAGGGAUUAUGGGUGAACUUUGCAAAGGAUCAGUUAUUCUGUCUACUUGGACCUAACGGAGCUGGGAAGAGCACAACGAUCAGUUGUUUAGUUGGUAUCACACCAUUUACUGGAGGAGAUGCAUUGGUUUAUGACCAUUCUGCCCGAAGCUCUGGUGGUAUGGCAAAUAUUCGAAAACUUAUAGGAGUUUGUCCACAGUUUGAUGUUCUUUGGAGUGCGUUGACUGGGCAAGAGCACCUCCAACUGUUCGCUACUAUUAAAGGCCUACCCCCAGCUUCAAUAGAAACGAUUGCUGAGAAGUCAUUGGCGGAGUUGAAACUCACUGAGGCAGCUAAAAUGAGAGCUGGGAGUUACAGUGGAGGAAUGAAACGUCGCCUCAGUGUUGCAAUAGCCUUUAUUGGUGACCCGAAGUUGGUUAUUUUAGAUGAACCGACAACCGGUAUAGAUCCCAUAACAAGAAGGCAUGUCUGGGACAUCAUACAGGAGGCCAAGAAAGGGCGUUCAAUUGUCCUAACAACCCAUUCAAUGGAAGAAGCUGACAUUCUAAGUGACCGGAUAGGAAUCAUGGCAAAGGGGAGGCUCCGUUGCAUUGGAACUUCAAUCAGACUGAAGUCACGGUUUGGGAGUGGUUUUAUUGCUAAUGUGAGCUUAAGGGGAGGCGCUGAUAGCCAAAGUCAUGAAUCUGUGAAGCAGUUCUUUAAAUACCAUUUGGAUGUUUUACACAAAGAAGAGACCGACUGCUAUCUGACUUUUGUUAUUCCUCAGGAAAAAGAGGGACGUUUGACGAAUUUUUUUGCUGAGCUUCAAGAUAGGCAACAUGAAUUUGGUAUCGCUGACAUCCAACUCGGUCUCACAACUCUAGAAGAAGUUUUCUUGAAUAUAUCAAGGCAAGCGGAGCUAGAAGCCGCCAUGGCAGAAGGGAGGCUGGUUACUCUCACUUUAACGUCUGGAAAGUCAGUUGAGAUACCCGUAGGAGCCGAGCAUGCUUGGAUUCCAGAAACAGAAUCUGAAGAGCAUCCAAAAGGGCUUAUGGUAGAAGUUUACUGGGAUCAAGAUGAGUCUGGUAAACUCUGCAUUGCUGGUCACUCAGCCGAAACUCCAGUACCUCUGAAUGUUGAUCCCAUGAGUUUGCAUUAG